AUGACGCUACUAGCUAGCAUUGAAGAUGGCACGUUUCCUUCUCUUAGCGAUACCCAAGUUGUCAAGCUCUUUGGCCUCACAUUCCGCUGGGAGCUCGACCGACUCAAGCACGCAAAGCCGACGGUAGAGUCCGUGGGCACCCCAGCACAGGGGGCUUUGGGCCAUGGUGACCUCAGCCCCUCGCGGCUCUUAUUUGGGGAAGACUUUGUCGAAGUCAACCGGACACUUGUUGGAAUGCUUGCAUUAAAGUGGUUAUUGGCAAAGGACUAUGAUUCAUUUACUCGCUAUCAGAAUCCGAUGAGAAGGCUAAGACCGGAAUCCUUUGAGAAGCUUCAUACCGUUUUAGUUGGUGGUCUCCCGAAUGCUGGAGACAUAUACUCUCUUCUUGUUGCAAUCGUGGUGAACGAUUUAGGGAAAGAUGACAGCCUCGAAACAUCGAUAUCAGAGGCCACGAGCCAGACAUACGACAACCAUGACGAGGUCCUUUUAGCGGCUGCCAAUGCCCAUAUUAUACCAUCUAUCAACACACUCGAGCCAAAUUUGAAGGCAGAUCUUAUGCUGGGCAUUGAAAUUGGCUCCAAGCUUAAUUUGGCGCAACUGGCUCAAGCUGAGAAUGUUCCAGCGAGUCUCCAAAGCAUAUACACUAUGCGUGGCAAGCGCCGUGCCUUUUUCUUGAAAUAUAUGGAGGUUCUCUUGGACGUUGCGGGAGCUGCUGGCCAUAUAGAAUCUCGCUGUGCAGGACAAAUGACGGAACCCGUGUUCCGAAGUUAUCUCGCAGUAUAUGAUGCCUUAGUCGAUACUAUUGGAGGCAAUCUCCCUUUGCAGCAGGCGUACAACCGUGUUUUAUCUUCUAGAGCGAAGAUUCUCCAGGAUGCCGGGUUUAGAGGGUUAUCAAUCCGAAUACCGACUGAACGUGCUUUGCUACGACUAUUGACAAUGGGCAGGGUUGCUGAUGCACAGUUAGCAGAAUGCUUUGCUCAAGCCUUUGGAGAAUUACCGGACGGUAUGAGGAAAACUUUAGUAGAUGGAUUGAGCAUCGAUGGCCUUAGCUCGAAGCCUGCGAUCUUGCCUUACUAUGCACCAGGACUAAUUGCUGAAGGGCUAAGAAAUUGUGCUAAUGGCUCAGCAAAUCCAAAUUCAAAGUUGCGUGCUGUUGGAUCAUUGAUGCGAUUCCUUGCCCGAGUCUAUCAGGAAACAGCACCAGAACUACCUGUUUGUGAGGGCGAGGUAGCUCCAGGCAUCAUUCAAGUUGACUUGUCCUUUGCGCACGCAGUAGUAGCGAGUGAAGAGUUCAAAGUAGACCCAGAUGUAUUAGAUAAAGUGUCCAUCUUUAAUCGAUCAAUAUCAGCAUAA